AUGUCGAUACCUGGGCUUGGUCAAGCUGUUCAUGCUGCUAGAACUGCAGCACCAGCAGCUGUUGCGCAUACGAAUAUUCAUGAGCUUCAAGCUAACUCGGAAUGGCGCUUUGAAGUGGCGAUUGGGGCGAGCAUUGAAGUUAAGGUCCUCUCUGGCACCGCAGAAAUCUUCGGCACAGAACUCGCAGUCAACCACACAUACACAUUCCACGGCACCAAAUCCUCCAUCUACACCUGGCACGGCUGUCGACUCGAAGUAAACGGACCAUGCGAGGAAUACACCGCGGAGGAAACCCCCAUGAUCUCCUACAUCAACACGCAUUUCGCGCUGGAGAAUUUACGGUCUGACGCUAAGAAAGCAGGACGAGAUGGUCCGCGUGUACUCAUCGUCGGACCUAACAAUACAGGGAAAACCAGCUUGGCGAAACUGCUCACCGCGUAUGCGAUACGCAUGGGCCGGCAACCAAUCGUCGUGAAUACGGAUUCGCGCGAGGGAAUGCUGAGCAUACCGGGGAGUUUGACGGCGGCGGCGUUUAAGAGUAUUGUGGAUGUGGAGGAGGGGUGGGGGAGUAGUUCGACGAGCGGACCGAGUCCCGUGCCGGUGAAGCUGCCGUUGUGUUACUAUUAUGGACUUCCGAGUCCGGAAGAUAAUGUGAAGUUGUUUAAGCCGGUGGUCACGAGGCUGGCGUUGGCGGCGACGAGCAGACUGCAGGAUGAUGCCGUGUGUAGAGAGACGGGCAUGAUUAUUGAUACGCCGGGGGUGAUUAGUCAGGGAAAGGGAGGGUAUGACUUGAUUUCUCAUAUUGUGUCAGAGUUUGCAGGUGAGUUUAUCGGCUUGGGGAAUCGAGGUUUGAGAGGAGAGUACGGACUAAUGGGAUUGACAGUUAAUAUUAUUCUGGUCUUGGGCUCGGAACGUUUACACAGUGAAAUGUUACGGCGAUUCUCAACGCACAAGACUGAUAGCGGAGAAGCCAUUACUCUCGUCAGGCUAGACAAGUCAGGAGGCUGUGUUGAUAGAGAUGAUACAUUCAUGCAACAGAUGCGGGAAGCAACUAUCAAGGAAUAUUUUUUCGGAGACGCAAAAAGAACCCUGAGUCCGCAUACACAACUGGUGAAUUUCGACGAGCUUUCGAUUUACAAAGUCAAAGAAGCACACUCAAUGCAAAGUGCAUUCUUGCCCGGAGGAGAAGAAGAAGCCGAACCCACACAAUAUGAAAAAGUAGAGCCAACACCCUCCAUGUUGCAUUGCAUAUUCGCGGUCAUGCACGCAUCGACUCGCGAUUCUCAGGAUACUAUUCGAGAUGCGAGUGUCAUGGGCUUUGUAUAUGUAGCAGAAGCCGAUGAGAAGAAAAAGAGAAUGAAGAUUCUGGCACCGCUUAAUACGAGAGUCACAGAUAGACCAUUGAUUUGGGGUAGCUGGCCUGAAGCCCCGGUAAACUUGAUGGGAUAA